GCUGGGCGGAGCGGGUGUCCUUUCCCCGCCCCCGGCGCCCAGCCCUGCCGCCAGCCUUGCGCGCAGCCCAUCGCCUUGCGCAGCUCGCCGGCCUCACCGCCGCACCAUGAAGGCGCUUCUGCUCGUCGCGUUGGCUGCGGUGCUGUGCGUGGAGAGAGCCCACACGCUCAUCUGCUUUUCCUGCUCGGAUGCAUCCUCCAACUGGGCCUGCCUGAAGCCUGUCAAGUGCGGGGAGAAUGAGAACUACUGUGUGACGACGUACGUCGGAGUGGGAAUCGGUGACAAGUCCGGCCAGUCCAUCUCCAAAGGAUGCUCUCCCAUUUGUCCCAGCGCCGGGAUUAACGUUGGCAUAGCGGCUGCCUCCGUUUACUGCUGCGACUCCUUCCUCUGCAACAUCAGCGGCUCCAGCAGCGUGAAAGCCAGCUACACCGUCCUGGCCUUGGGCAUCCUGGUCAGCUUCUUCUACAUCCUCAGGGCUCGCGAGUGAUGGGGCUGGCCAAGGAAGAGCUGGUGCCCUGGGGACGGUGUGGGCUCCCCCGGCGAGCCCACCUCUGCAACGUGGCGCCCCGUCUUCCAUGGGCUGCUGCGGGUCUCAUUAGCCAAUAUCUUCUCUAUCGCUGCCCACAAGGAGAUCCUCUACUUCUCAGCAGGCCUCCGUGGUGGUCGUUUCCCAGACUUUAUGCUCUUCCAGCAUCAGAGACCUGGGCGGUUGGGCCCAACCGUUCUCCUCCUCCUCCUUUGGACGUACCCUGCUGCACUCUUGCACCUCCCGGUGUAUUGUUUCGGAAGGGUUUCUGCUUUUUUACCUGUUUCCCCCAGUUUCUAAGGUUGCUUAAAUCAAGGCUGGGACUCACCAAGAAACGAUUGCCCCCAGACACCACUCUAUCAAGCGUUCAGAUGGUCCUGCCUCCAUGGAGAUGCCUGGCACCAGCGUACCCCAACACGAGGGUGGCCUGGGCAUGGGGAAUGCAUGACCCCAAGGGAGACACAUUCCUGGCCCCUGCAGCUGGAGUCUCUUUUUAUAAAUUUCUUCCAACCCUGGGCUGCCUUUUUCUGGAAAACAAAUGACGUGUACCUUGUCCCUCUGAGCUCUGUAAGUGCCAGACCUGAAUAAACAUGCUCCUGUUGUUACCUGAGCUGGGACGUGUACUGUGUGUUUUUCCUUGGUGCCACCAGAGAGAUUAGGAACACUGGUACAGAAAAUACAAAUGUUUUGCACGGCACGAGGGCCUCUUACCCUCUUGAGUGGCUUCUGAGUGCUCCAUCUCAGCAGUUCAUCUCUGAGCAGCAAGCUUACCUCCUCCCUGUCCCUCGCCUUUCUGUGGGCCCUGAUAAAAUACCCCAUGGGCAACUCUUUCCACAUCUCCUGAGCAUCGCCUUUUCCAGGUGCAUUUUAGUGACAAGUGCCGGCCGUGGGUCUGAGUCAACCCCGUUGCUCCUAACACUGGGAACAGGACCUGUACAAAUUAGUCUGCCUAUUACAGAGACUUGGUGCCUCGAUCUCCCAGCUUACAGACUUGGGAUGGCAAUAAUGGAUAAAACUGCAACACCUAAAUGAUCCAGGGCAACAGGUCGGUUUGCAAAAUCUGGUGAAGUCUGAGGCAAAGAGGUCAGAUAUUUAAUUUCAACCUGCAAUCCGUGGACGGGCUGAUGGUGUGUGUAAAGACUACGGAAGGUGACUUCACUGCCAAACCUGCCAUUCCUGCUGUCCUCCAGAUCCCAGGAUCUUCCCAGGUCUCUCAACAGCGUUGCUUCUGGAAGCUCUCAGCUCUCCUGUGGGAGAUGUGUCCUCCAGCUGCCUCUGCAUUGUGCUGGUUUAUUAUCUUCUUUUCCCACCUGCUAGACUCCAAAAAAGCCAAAAUUGAGCAUAAACUUAGGUAAAAAACUUGUUGCACUUCCACAGGUCGAUCAGAGGUGCACUAGGCUUUUUUUUUUUUUUUUUUUCUUUUCUAGCAGAAAAAGUUGGGUGUAGCAUUGGCACUUUUCAACCUUGCCCUCCUCUCCUCCUUCAUACGUUUCUCCUGUUUUGUGUCAAAAAACAAGCUCCCAAGCAGCAUGUGCUGUUCGAUUAAGGAAUCAGAAUCAUGGAAUGGCUCGGGUUGGAGGGGACCUCAAAGAUCACCUAACUCCAACCCCCUGCCGUAGGCAGGGAUGCCACCCACUAGAUCAGGUUGGCCAAGGCCCCAUCCAGCCUGACCUUGAGAAUCAUACCUCUGUCCCCACUUAAAUCACUAAUGAGCAGCUUCUUUCCAAUGAAAUAUGUGUGCAGUUGUACAGACAUCUUGCAACAAAUGCAUUAUCUUGUUCUUUCCUCUUCCUUCUUCUCCCCAUCUUUUAAUUAAAGUGACGUAGAUGCUAAUGACGGCAUUUAGAACGGGAGUUACUGGUCAUCGUGACAUGACCCGCAAUUAGGUGAUGAGUCUAAUAAGAAUGCACCAUGCUCCCAUUAUCUCAUUGGGCUUGAGAUGUGCCUUCCUCUGGUUAUCUCAUCCUUUGUCAUCUGCCAGGGUCAGCAGGGCUUAAUCCUGCUGGGACCACAGGGCACAACGUUCACUGUGACCCAGAGUCCGGCCCUCUGCUAUGCACGUUAGGUAGCACAGGGCAAGCCGGGGAAGAAGCCAGCAAAAGUCAGGUAGUUACCAUUCCCUAGCUUCUCUGUGCCUAAGCCUUCUUCCUGAGAGGGUUAGAAACUUUAUUUUCAGGGUAAAUUUGUUCCUUGCUGCUCAGUGUGUGUAGAUGGUGUAGUUCCUGUGGGAUUACUGUGGAUCAGGGGGAUGGGGAUGCCAUCAGGUGAGACCAAGACAGCACCCACAAUGUUCUACCUUUCCAGCAACAGGGUUUUAGCUCUUUUUUUCUAGCUACCUGGUAAACUUGGUUCUAGACUUAAUUAUCCUUGCAACAGCUCUACUGCAAGCAAAGAGCUCAUUUUAAAAGCCAUCAGCAUAGCUGUGUCCUGGUGCAUGUUCACGCCUUUACAAGGCUAUCCUGAGGAUGCCACACUGGACAAUCCCAUGGGAUAAAGCUACGAAAAAGUUUGGGAGACCUGGUUACUCCUUCCAGUGGCCCAUUCCUUCCUAUCUUGGUAUUUCAGAGUUUCCCUGUGCCAGGGACUUGGUUAUGCAAGUGAGCAAGGGCUAGCGAAAGUGUGGUCAGCAGGCUCCUUGCCCUGUACAAAGUUGUAUUUGUGGCAUUGCCAGGUUCACAGUGCAGGUUGGUUCACACAUGUUCUUGAGCCUAUAGAGGAUGAGCAGAUUGCAUAUGGAGAAGUUUGUUUUCUUCCUUUCGGCGCCCCCCCCCCUCCAUUUUCACUCUUGUCUUCUCUUUCCCUUCUUUUGCAGUAUAUUCUUGUACACUUCAUAUAUGGAAGAAGAUACAUUUGCAGUUUUUCCUUUCAAACACAGCUGGCAAAGAUCUCUCUGAAAGAUAUAUGUGUAUUUGAAAGAUGGAGAGGGUACGGCAGCCUGUUGAAUGCAGCAGAAGUAAUUCAAUAGUUUAAUCCCAGGCAUUUUAUGAACGGUUCUCACAUUUCCCGGUCCCACUGUAGAUAUUUUUUGCCCCCAAAUCCCCAGCACCUGAAAUCAUGUGAGAACCUCAGCUGUUGUAAACCCCAGGAGUGAAAGGCCUGAAAAUGUGCAGCCGUAGUAAUUAAAAACAUUAAUAAUACAAAUGAAAUAAAUAGUAAGAACCCAGCGUUUACGGAGCAUUAAAACUGGCGGCUGUUAAACCAAAUGCCCGAUUUGGAGCUGGAGGGCCAUGAUGGGACUGCCCUUAAGUGUUCUGAAUGUGUUUACUUGGGCUGGGGAAUUAGAGAUCGAAAUCUCAGCAGACAACUCAGAUCUUCACUUUUCCUGACAAGUGGGGAGGUUCUGAGGGGAGGCAGCUUCACUCUGUACAAGCAUAAAAUAUCCUGGAACAGUUUUCGCUGAAAAAUGAGAACAGCUUAGGUCGAAACCUGCCCACUUUGGAGCACGCUAAUGAGAAAAUGGUUUCUGUGCUUCCAUCCUGGAAAUGGCUGUAUUUCAACGGCAGCUGCUGCCAUCUACCACUACGUUAACGUCACAAGGGCUCCCAUUUUUUAUGUACUGUCUGCAAAUGCUCAAAGCUCACUGCAGCACCGGUCCUCUCUGCUCAGGUUCAGCUGGGCUUGCUGUUUGCCAAAAGGACUUAAAAAGGAAAAAAAAAAAAAAAAAAAAAAAGUUCUUCCAAUGGUUUUUGAGACUUUUUUUAUUUUUUAGCAAAACAGCAGACCUUCCCUGUUUGGAAAACACAGACUUGAGGUGACUUCCUUGAACAAACAGCCAGAACAAAUAGGGCCAGUUACUUGAUUGUGGUACUCAAAGAAUGUCCUUCCUUGGUGUUGAUUUACAGAAGUUAUGUGCUACUAGAUGUGACUGUAGUCCUGGAGACCUUUGUAAUGUAGGUGGCUGUUGGCCCACAACUCCAGGAGGAAGCCUGGUAGUUCUGGUCCAUGGAGGCUGUGAGAUAGAGGUGCCCAAUGCUCUCCCUUCUCUGGGGGAGGCAGAAUUGGUGCACAUCAGGAUGCUUGGAGCUUUAGGGCCCCAUCAGAAGGUUCCUGUGAGCCCAAUGAUUUGCACACAGAAACUGGGCUCUUUUCCUGUUGUCCUCAGCAGUGAGGUGCUGUGAGUCUUGGCUAUUUGGAUGGAGAUGUCUCUGAAUCUUCCUUUGUAACUCCUGGAGGAGUUAUUUCCCCCCUGGAAAGCUGCUGUCUGAGGGUAUUGCACUGAAACAGGGAUAGACACACCCAAGUCUGCCUUUUGCUAGGAGAAUUCAUGGUGUAGAGGGAAGCAAAGCCCUGGGUCAGUCCUGCCAUCUACUGGCUUGUGGUAGACGUGGGAGAGAUGCUUUGAAGCCAAGAUCUCACAGGUCAAGGAGAAACCCUUAACACAAAUAAAACUGGGAGUCAGGACCCAAGGGUGAGCUACCUUUAACCAGAUAAUUGCAUGCAAAGCAGAGAAUCGGAGGCAUCAGAAGUUGAUUGAAUGUAUUAAUUUGUCCAGCUCUGUGCUCUUAGUGUAAAUUGAGAAAUGAAAGGCGUAAAAGGCUUCCCAGGUCCAACAUUUUCCAAGGGAGCUCUUUUCCAGCCCCAAACCUACCACUUCAUCAAAACCGAAACACUUCAUGAAAUUAUAAUAAGGCCAAUAGAGUGUUGCAGAAAAAAAAAAAAUAUUGACACAUUUUAUUUCAGCUUUGUUGAAUGAUCUCAUUUCACUGGGAUGGGUACAUUGAAAUGUUGAUUUUACUAAUACAUAUGUGUGAGCUUUGUAACUGUGUAUUGCCUUUAUUGCAACAGAAUAAGCAGAAUAAAGAAAUAUUGAUUUCUUUCAAUAUAUUAACAUCAGUAUAUGUGUAGUGUAUGUUACUUAAUGUUUGUUAUACCCUAAUAAAACUAUAUGGAAUUAAUAAAAAAGUUACACUUGGAACAA